AUGCUCACAGAUUCGAUUGUCGCGACCUUUGCUGCCCAGCAUCCUUUAGGUGCUCAAGGUAUGUCGUUGCAGAAACAAUCGACCUCGGAAAACUCGUUUCAGCAAGCCUCCCGAGGACGUGAACUCUUCCCGGCCUGGAGUGCACUCGACGAUGUGAAGAAGACGGCCGACUCGGUUGCGAAGGAAGCGGCCCGAGAAUUCGAGGUCGCAAGUCAUAAGGCUCAGGAAAAAACCGGCAAGAUUGAGCCCUGGACUCCCAAGUACUACGCCGCCUGUACCUUUGGUGGAAUGCUCGCCUGUGGUCUCACACACACGGCAGUGACGCCCCUCGACCUCAUCAAAUGUCGCCGCCAGGUGGACUCCAAGCUGUACAGCAGUAAUAUGCAGGCUUAUCACAAGAUUCGUGCUGCCGAGGGCUUUCGAGGGGUGGUUACCGGUUGGAGCCCCACUUUCUUUGGUUACAGUGCACAAGGAGCAUUCAAGUACGGCGGCUAUGAGUUCUUCAAAAAGUUCUACAGUGACCUUGUCGGCCAAGAGAGAGCGACCAAAUACAAGACAUCUCUGUACCUAGUAGCAAGUGCUUCUGCAGAACUGAUUGCGGAUAUCGCCCUUUGCCCAUUUGAGUCCGUGAAGGUUCGCAUGCAGACUACCAUUCCUCCCGAGUUCAAGGGCACUUUCAGUGGUAUUUCUUCCGUUGUUGCCAAGGAAGGCGUAGCCGGUCUUUACAAGGGCCUGUAUCCACUCUGGGGUCGCCAAAUCCCAUACACCAUGAUGAAGUUUGCCUCUUUUGAGACUAUUGUCGAGAUGAUCUAUCACAACCUGCCGGGCCAGAAAUCCGACUACAAUAAAGGUGCCCAGACGGCGGUCGCUUUCACUGGUGGCUAUCUGGCUGGUAUUCUGUGCGCGGUGGUCUCGCACCCGGCCGAUGUGAUGGUGAGUAAGUUGAAUGCUAACCGCCAAGCGGGCGAGGCCUUUGGCGCUGCCAUGAGCCGAAUUUAUGGCGACAUCGGAUUCCGCGGACUGUGGAAUGGACUGCCUGUUCGUAUUGUGAUGAUUGGUACUCUGACCGGUCUCCAAUGGAUGAUCUACGACUCAUUCAAGAUCUUUAUGGGUCUGCCCACGACCGGAGGAAGCGGCGAAGACAAGAAGAAAGCCGCCCAGUGA